AUGCACAUUUGUAUCCGGAAUCAGCAUGGCGACUUGCCCGAUGCUGCCCGAGUAUUAUCGGUCUUGGAGCACGUUUGGAUGACGAGUGAAGACGAGGAGUCGAGGUUCGCCGCGAUGCGCGACUCCAUCGCCAAGCAUCUCUGCAAUCUUCCUGCUGAUUUCAAGGAUUUCGGCAUGGUCCUGCAAUACGAAGCAUCUACAGUUCAUGACCAGCUUCCACCAAACCUAUGCACCGAAUCGGCCGUAGAUUUGUUUUCCAUGUACAUGCGUCAAUUUUCGCAGCGGCUCACACGCCUCUUUUUAGAAGUAGGGCAGCUUUCGGCAGAACUUUUCUGGCCUCGACAGGCAGUAAACGAGUCCUCCCUUCCAUCAUGGCCCGCUCUCGAAUACGUUGAAAUUAAGACACAAAUGGAUACUGCCGACGGUCAAUGGAUGCUGGAACGCGACCCGCUGAACCCAGAUCGGCGGAAACUCGACUUAGGAGUUCUAUUCCGUGCAACCGACGAUGAUUAUGAUGAAGGUUAUUUAAUUGACCCUAGCUCUCGUCCUUCUCCCUACCAUCGAGCGAAACCGCGACAAGAUUGGUUUGACGAGCUCCAUUUAAGCAUUGCGCUGGCAGCUAGGCGCAUGCCUCGUCUCAAAGAUUUCUCUCUACGCGUCGAAAACGUUUACGGCGAGGAUGAGAGAUUUGGUGCCCACAGUUUUACCUACGAUUGUGGCAGAGACCGGCGUGGAAUCAGCAUAUAUAAACCACGUAUUAUCUGGUCCAGUCAUUCCCAAUACAUCCCAGCUGAGAAAAUCAUGGACACUUGGAGAGCAAGUUUUGGCCCUGAUCUUGACCUCGAGAUUGUGGAGUGGUACCCAAGGGAUUGCCCACGCGGUCCAGGCGCUCACGCGGGCUGGGUUAGGUUUCGUAAUGGGCAAAAAAUUCGCGACUACGAUUAG